ACUGAACAUGAAAGAAUUCCAUCCUAGAGAGACUUCUGUCCUGUCUCUCCUGUGAAUCUUCUCUCCGCCUCCGUCUCCGUCCCUCAACAUCCAACUCGAUUGAGAGAUGUCUAUGAUGAAUGGAGGAGGAGGUGGUGAUAGACCGUCACCAGUCCCACUUCGGAAAGUGACAGAUGCUGUGAUUGGUCCGAUGACUACAGAGAUCCCAUCCCCAGUUCAUGGACGAUUCAUAAGCGUCUCGAAAUCCUCUUCCUCUGAUGCCCAUUCCGGAUCGCCUGGCUUGGAUAGGCGUUUUCUCGUCGCUUGUCAGACUGGGAAUGCCGUUGAAUUACGAGAUAUUAUCAAAAGUGCUGGGCUCGUAGGGAUCUCGGAAUCCACCUUCAACCAGACGGACUCCACAGGAAGAACGGGAUUGAGUCAUUUGUGUGGGAGCGGUCAGUUGGGGAUGGUAGAAGAGAUUGGUCAGCUGCUCGGAGUGGACGUGAACAAAUCAGACAAUGAAGGUAACACACCACUUCACUACGCCGCUCAAGCAGGCCAUUACGAGAUCAUUAAUUAUUUGGUGACGCAGUUCAAGUCAUCCAUUGACUUGGACUUGAGAAACGACCUGGGGUUCACGGCUCUAAUGAAGGCUGCGCUUCAGGGUCGAUCCAAGUGUGCUCAACUCCUGUUGGAAGCAGGGGCCAAUCCAGUCCUCCGGGAUUUCGGUCGUGGGCUGUCGGCCUUGGAAUGGGCCAAAUAUUGUGGUCGAAAUCUAUGUGCGGAGGUGUUGGAAAGUUCCUAUUGUAGGGAGCUGAGUUUCGAAGACGCCCCAAAACGACAUUCCUUGACUUCGUGGCCAAGUGAGGAAUCUUGCCGUCGUUUCCAACCAGGAAAAGACUCGUGGAUAAAGACCAAGUUGAAGGGGGCCUUUCGACGCGGGCAAAGACGAAGUACAUCAGUUGCCGGACAUCUGGGGACAGCUGCCGUCUGUGCAAGUGGUGUGGUGAUGCAUCGAAAUGUUUGCAAUGUACUCCCCUUGGACCAAAGACCCAAGUUCCUCGUCCCUGUUGUGAAGGUCACCCCGGCUUCCUCACCCAGUCCUGGUCCUGGUUCUCAGGAAUGAUCGCUACAUUUCUCUCUCUACGCUUUCCUCAGCAUAUGCGCAGUUUUUCGGCAAGAAACCAGAUCUUGUGAUAUACUGUACAACAUCAUCUUGUGCAUUACAGAUCUCUCUGUGAUGGACAUGCCUCUUGUUUGAACUGGAAAGAAAAGAAUGAGCUGCAUCCCUGUGACAUUCUGAGUCAAGAGCCAGGGGCAAAUAGCGCGUCGAAGAGAAGUGGCUCUACAGAAAACACGAAAACUGUGAAGUUAUUUAGCGAAUUUGGUCAUGUUGUCUUAAAGCUACUCCGAGAUUCUAGAUACUUUACUCUCCUGGAUAGACAUUUAAUCAUUCAAACAUGGAUAAUUUACCAUGAAGAUGCACCCUGGCAUGGUAAGGUUACCAUUAUACAGGACCAGGUUUAGAGAUCGAGUGCGGUCUGCGGCGGGCUUUUCUUUGCCGACAGGCGACCCAUCUGGUUGGGAAUAUCUGCGUUGGGUUAGGGUAUCUGCGUUGAAAGGUUUAUCAACGAAUGCUCAAUCAGGACUUGUUGAAGAGUACAUUCAACCUGCCAGAACGCAUAUCGAUCAUGACUUUCUUUUAAUAUUUAUAAUCACAGUUACAGGG